AUGCAUCGCGUCGGCUCCAUUGCCAUUGUGGUCGCGUUUGUGCUCCAAACGUUUUUGGUUGAAGCCUCACAACGUCACUGUGUUAUGUUCAAAACUUCGGAAACAAUACUCUCCGAAUCACUUCGUCUACUAGGAAAUCAAUCGGAGUUCAACAUAAAGCAACUUUUACCGUGCCAGCUGCGAGGUGGAGCAAUUCUGGGUCGCAUAUGGAAUGAUCAAAAUGGAACAGUUCACGCUGGCGUAAGUCCGCGAUAUUUGCGAAUCGACAAUUCUUCCACGCAGACGUUCAACCACAAAGUAGAGGAGUGUUUGGAGGGCGCCUACAAGAAAAUUCCAUCGAAUCAACUGUGUCUGCGAGCGGAAGCCACCUUCAACUGUUACGUUGGGGUGGCCGAGUUGCGCCUCGAGGAACCUUUCUUCAUUCCUCGGACGGGACUUCAACAUGGACGGGUUCUCAACGACUGUAUCCAGAUGCUGCAGAUCAGCUCGAAUGAGCUGAGGGUCAUCCGCAAGGAAGGGUUACUAAAUCACCCUCAAGGACGAUGCCUUGUGAGAUGUUUCUUGCUGAGGGAGGAUCUGUUCUGUGAAGCGACUGGUAUCAAUGCGUUCCGGAUUCUGGUGCACAAUGGUGGCGCCAAAGAAGGGAUCGAAUUUCGGAAGGAAGGAGCACGUUGCAUCGCUCGGUUGCAGAGAAACUAUCAGGAUCGAUGCAUGACGGCUGCUCGGAUUGCUGCCGAGUGCUACAGCCAAACGCUUUGGAAAAUGAUGAAAGAUGGAUUGAAUUAUGUUUAA